AAUUGAUUGUCAGCCUGUCACAUAAUCCACCGUUGGUGCCACAAAGUUAUCUGUGAUUCAUUAUUUCGCUUUAUGUUAGACGUGUUUGUUACAUAUAGUUGUGUAAACUAUCUUAAAAGUUUAAUUAAAAGUUUAAUUAACCACAAUGAAUCCCUAUCAAGGUCCGCCUCGAUAUCUACACAAUAUAGGAUUUUGCAACAGCGCCCCGCAAUCUUUCGGAAACCCGGCACCGAUGCCGGGUUAUCCCACUAUGGGUUAUCCUGCUCCCCAGCCAGGUUAUCCCAACACGGGAAGUGGCUAUCCUCAACAAUCAAGUUAUUCUCAACAGCAAAGUUAUCCUCAAUCUAGUUCAGGGUAUCCUCCAGCUCCACAAGGAUAUCCUCCUUCUCAAGGCUACCAUUCCGCUCAAGGCUAUCCUCCUGCUCAAGGUUACCCUUCUGCUCAAGGCUACCCCCCCGCUCAAGGUUAUCCAACAUCUCAGGGGUACCCACCCAAUCAAGGGCAUCCAACUGCUCAACCUUACCCACAGUCCAGAGCACAACAGAGUCCUGGCCAUCAGGGAUAUCCACACAGUGUGCAGAGUCACCAGGCUUAUAACACAUCAAGUCCAGUAUAUAGUGAACCCAAGUCUAAGCCAACUGUGGUACCAGUAAACCCAUUCGAUCCGAGGGACGAUGCUGCCGUACUUCGGAAGGCAAUGAAAGGUUUUGGGACUGAUGAAAAAGCUAUCAUUCAAGUCCUAACACGUAGAAGCAAUGAACAGCGUCUGCGUAUCGCGUUCGAGUUUAAGACCCUGUAUGGAAAGGAUUUGGUGUCAGACUUAAAGAGUGAGACGACUGGCAAGUUUGAGGAUAUCGUCGUAGCUCUCAUGACGCCGCUGCCUCAGUUUUACGCCAAGGAACUGCACGAUGCUACCGCUGGGAUUGGCACUGAUGAAGAUGUGCUCAUAGAAGUCAUGUGCACUAUGUCCAAUCACGAGAUAAACGUCAUCAAACAGGCUUACACAGCAAUAUACGGAACCCUCUUAGAAGAUGACCUACGCGGCGACACUUCCGGUAACUUCAAGAGACUCAUGACGUCACUGUGCAUGGGUAACAGAUCCGAAAAUUUCCACGUCGAUCAGAAUCAAGCCAGAGAGGACGCCAGGAGCCUUUUGCAAGCAGGUGAACUGCGUCUGGGUACAGACGAAUCUGUUUUCAACGCGGUGCUGUGUUCGCGCUCGUUCCCGCAGCUGGCCGCCAUUUUCCAGGAGUACCAGUUCCUGACGGGGCAUGACAUCGAUGACGCUAUCAAAGCCGAAUUCUCCGGGGACCUCGAGAAGGCUCUGAGAGCUAUCGUGAAAGUUGUCCGCAACAAACCGCUGUUCUUCGCGGAGAGGUUGCACAAGUCUAUGAAGGGUUUGGGCACCAACGACCGUCAGCUCAUCCGCAUCAUGGUGACCCGCUGUGAGGUGGACCUUGGAGACAUCGCGGAUAUGUUCCAGUCCAAGUACGGAGAGACCCUGCAGAGCUGGAUCGAGGGCGAUUGUUCCGGGCACUACAAGAAAUGUCUGCUGGGUCUACUCGGUCUUUACUAGACACAAGAACCGUAUCGUCUUUGUCUAUCUCGUUUUUAAGUCUUAGCUUGUUCAUUUUGUAUGUGUAGCAAGGCCAACCGAACGAGAUAAAUUUUGUAAACAGUGUUGACUAUGAAAAGCAUAUAAUUUAUUUGCUACCACAUAUGAUAUGUGGUUUUUAUAUAGGUAUACAUACUAUACAAUACAAACAUGUUUAGACUUGAGAAUAAUAAUAAUAAUAAUAUUAUGAGUAUUUUCAACUCUUGAAAUUUAUAUAUACAUAUUUUAAUCGUUUCUUUGGCCUUACUAUUACGUGUAAUUAGUAUAUGAGUAUUUUUCACUAUAUUUUCCAGAUCUACCAAAACAUAAUUGGUUACAUGACCGUCCUAUUGAUCUGAUUGUAAUUGAUAUAAAUAAAAUUAUUUUCAUUUUAUAUAAAAAUAUAUAUAUAUUUACCAUUCUCAUUCGACUUAAUUCGUUUUAUAUAUGAUAUAUUAAUUAUUAAUGGUUCUGCCUAUGAUGCCUUGCUUUAUAUAAAAUUUUACUAGACUGGCUUUAAGAGGUAAAUAACGUGUUUUACAUACAUAUACAUAAAUGCUAUCUCUAAAAAAGUGAAGCCCCAUUUAUAAGAGCAUAUACAAUUUUUUACAUGAUGUUAAAGUGCUACAGAAAUUUUUAAUAAUAAUUGAUUUAUAAGAAAUGAAUAUGUGAAGAAAUGGGAAAGUCUGCAAAUUAUUUCAAGACGUCAAUAUAAGUAAUGUUCUUAUUGAUUGAAUAUGAAGGAGUACACUAGGAUAAAAAUAUACAAAAAAAAACAUUUAUUAAUUGUUAAUUCCAUUAUUAAAUAUAUUUUAUUGGAUAAAUUUCUUACAAAAAUCCUACAUCUUUAAUCCUGGCAACACUGAAUCUCCUCCCCACCUUAACUUUAUUUUCAUACUAGUUAAGAGUAUUGUAAGUUAUUACAUUUUUAAAUGUAAAGCCAAGCCUACUGUUUUAAUUGGUUUGGCUCAAAACGCUUGUCUUUGGCUUUUUAAUGCUGUUUUAAAUGUCGAUGCCAAUUUAUAUUUAUUAUAGUUACUUCAUGAUUAUACACUUAAAUUAUAUAUUGAUGUCUAAUAAAUUAUAUAAUAUAA